AUGGCUGUCCUCGAGACCACAAUCGACUUCGUCAAGCUCGCUUUGACGGGCCUCUGGUGCGCAUGUGCUGCUGUGGUGGCCACCUCGGGGUGGACGGCUCCAGGAUGCUUGGUCACAUAUUUCGGAAGCGCAGUCACCAUCAUGCUGAGCCUCAGUGUUGAAGUCUAUCAUUACAAAAAACAAAAGUUACUCCCAGUCAGUGCUCGUGGCCUUGUGGAGUGGCCGGAAUCCUAUAACCAUUCCUAUCUGGUUGGGUUCCCACAGGGCGACACUGCUUAUUGCACCGAGUACAAUCUAUCUGAAACUGUGCCGCAUGAUGUCUGGGUCAACGUCACCUACCUCAACACUGGUGUCUCCACUGCUGUGCGCCACAAUGAUACAAGCAUUGAGAUGGACAUGGCAAUCGAUGACAAGACACCUGUUUCUUUGGCUGCCAACGUGAAACGCACUACCCAUGAAACAUUGUCGCGCCUGCGGGUGAUAGCAGAGAAGAUGGAAAAAGUCACAUAUUCCGGUCCCUCUGCUUAUAAGCAUACCUCUGCUGUCAAGGAUGCUGAUAAGAUGUGGAGACUGGGAAGCGUGAUGCACAUGGAUGAUGUUGAGGAAGACUGGACAUUCUGCUAG